AUGGAGAACCUCCCGACAGACCACUUCGUCACAAGCCUCCAGUUCACCAAGAACGUCUACCAAGAUGUCUACCCUUCCAUUGACCCCACGAAGCCGGAACUCUCACUAGCUGGCAAGGUUGUCAUCAUCACCGGUGCCAGCCGCGGCAUCGGAGCCAGGGGAAUCGCCCCGGCAUUUGCCAAGGCGGGUGCCAAAGCCAUCGUGCUCGUAGCUACCAACGCCGAGAAGCUCGCCGCGGUCGAGGCCGAGAUCAAGGCCAUCAACCCCAGCGUCCAACUCCUUUCCGUCGCAACCAACAUGGCCGACGCUGCGUCUGUGGCCAACCUGUUCGCCAAGGUCAAAGCCAACUUUGGCCACGCCGACAUCCUCGUCAACAACGCCGGCGUCAGCAACGCCAACGGAGUCAUCCACGAGCAGAACAUUGAUGAGUGGUGGUCCAACUUUGAAGUCAACACCAAAGGCACCUUCCUGCUCGCCCAAUCCUUCAUCACCUCCCUGCCCACCCCCACCACCCCCGCAACCCUCAUCAACCUGACCACAGCCGCCGCCUGGCUCGUGCUCCCCUUCAUGGUCGGCUACUCGACGAGCAAGCUAGCCAGCCAGCAACUGAUCGCGCACAUCGCGGCCGCGUACCCCAACAUAACGGCCGUGUCGCUGCACCCGGGGCUGGUCGACACCGACAUGACGCACGAGUCGUUCCGCCGCUUCGAUCUGGACACGCCCGAGCUGGUCGGGGGCGUGGCGGUGUGGCUGGCGAGUGAGAGGGCGAGGUUUCUGAGCGGGCGCGCCGUGGCGGCGCAGUGGAGCGUGGAUGAUUUGGUGGAGAGGGAGAGGGAGAUUGUGGAGGGCGGGUUGUUGCGCAUGGAGAUGAAGGGCGAGUUGGGGGUGGACCAGUUUCGGUAG